AGCUUCAGGGUGACCAGCAUGCAGGCUGUGAUCAACGAGACGCCUCUGCCAAUUGAUCUCUACCAGUUUGAUGAUAUUUCUGGGAAAGUGGAGCAGUUCGGGAAGUUUGGAGUCAUUUAUUAUGAUAUUAAUCAGAUCAUAUCCACAGCUGUGAUGACCUACACCAAACACUUUGACCAACAUGGCCGCAUCAAGGAGAUCCAAUAUGAAAUCUUCAGGUCUCUGAUGUACUGGAUCACUAUCCAGUAUGACAACGUAGGCCGGGUCACCAAGCGUGAGAUUAAGAUCGGCCCAUUUGCCAACACAACCAGAUAUGGUUAUGAGUAUGAUGUUGAUGGACAACUGCAGACGGUCUCCCUCAAUGAGAAGCUGAUGUGGAGGUAUAACUACGACCUGAAUGGAAACCUUCACCUGCUAAACCCAGGGAACAGCGGACGGUUAACCCCGCUGCGCUAUGAUCUAAGGGACAGGAUCACUCGCCUGGGAGAUGUUCAGUACAGGCUGGACGAUGAUGGCGUUUUGAGACAGAGAGGAGCUGAGAUAUUUGAAUACAACUCCAAAGGUCUGUUAACUCGUGUGUACAGCAAAGCAGCCAGUUGGACCAUCCAGUACCGUUACGAUGGCUUGGGUCGGCGCGUGGCAUCAAAGAACACUUUAGGCCAUCACUUUCAGUUCUUCUAUGCAGAUUUAAACUACCCCACAAGAAUCACUCAUGUCUACAACCACUCCAGCUCCGAGAUCACCUCCUUCUACUAUGAUCUGCAGGGUCAUGUGUUUGCUAUGGAAAUCAGCAGUGGGGAUGAGUUUUACAUUGCUUGUGACAACACUGGGACCCCGCUAGCUGUCUUCAGCAACAAUGGACUUCUGCUUAAACAAGUACAAUACACAGCAUACGGUGAAGUUUACUUUGACUCGAACCCAGACUUUGUGUUAGUGAUUGGUUUCCAUGGAGGACUGUAUGAUCCUCUGACUCGACUGCUGCAUUUUGGGAACAGAGAUUAUGACAUUCCUGCAGGAAGGUGGACAACUCCUGACAUCAGCACAUGGGCGCGUGUUGGAAAAGAUCCCCAGCCCUUUAACUUGUACAUGUUUCGGGGAAACAACCCCAUCAGCAAGAUUCAUCAGGUCAAAGAGUAUGUCACAGAUGUAAACAUCUGGUUGGUUACAUUUGGCUUUCAUCUCCAUAAUGCAAUCCCAGGAUUCCCAAUUCCCCAGUUCGACCUGACAGAACCAUCACUGGAGAUGAAAAAGAGCCAACUCUGGGACGACCUGCCUUCUAUUUCAGGUGUCCAGCAGGAGGUGACCCGUCAGUCCACUUCCUUCCUGUCCUUCGAGCGUAUGCCAGAAAUCCAACUGACCCGCCGGCAUUCAGACCACACCAGACCCUGGUUGUGGUUUGCAACUGUGAGGUCUCUGAUCGGAAAAGGAGUGAUGUUUGCUGUGGUCCAAGGACGUGUGGUGACCAAUGUUUUAAAUAUAGCUAGUGAGGACUGCAUCAAAGUGGCUGGAGUCCUAAAUAAUGCUUUUUACCUUGAGGAUCUACAUUUUACAGUGGAGGGACGAGACACGCACUACUUUAUCAAGACCAGUCUGCCGGAGAACGACUUAAGUGCACUCAGGCUUACUUCAGGCAGGAAGUCAAUGGAAAAUGGGGUGAACGUCACGGUGUCCCAGUCUACGACCGUGAUGGGUGGAAGAACACGUCGCUUCGCUGAUGUAGAGCUGCAGUAUGGCGCUCUGGUGCUCCAUGUGCGCUACGGGACGACUCUCGAUGAAGAGAAGGCUCGAGUUUUGGAGCAGGCAAGGCAGCGGGCGUUAUCGGGUGCCUGGGCUCGUGAACAACAGCGUGUGAGAGACGGAGAGGAAGGAGUGCGUCUGUGGACAGAGGGAGAGAAGAGGCAGCUGCUGAGCAGCGGGAAAGUGUUGGGUUAUGAUGGCUACUACGUCUUGUCCAUCGAGCAAUACCCCGAACUAGCCGACAGUGCAAACAACAUCCAGUUCUUACGACAGAGUGAGAUCGGGAGGAGGUAACACGGCGUGACGAAACACCGACGUUUCCAGCCCUGACUGUCAAAGACUAACAAAGGGUGCGUUUUUAACACUAAACGGACGUCACUGAACUGUUUCAAACUGCAAAACUACCCACUGGCUCUUGUUUGGUUCUUUUUGUUUGAAGUUGUUAAGACUGGAUAUGAACAAG